AUGUCUUCAAACAAUACCACUCUAACGCUCCACUAUUUUGAUAUUCAAGCCAGAGGUGAAGCAGCUUACUUGAUUGCAGUUCAAGGAGGUGUCCACGUUGAAAGAAAUCUCUUUGAAGAUUUGGCUUCCGAUCUCAAGUCUGUGUGUCCUUUUGGACAAGUACCCUUGUUGGAGAUUAAGAUAUUUGCAAAGAAGGCUUCUUUGAUUCCCGAGGAUGAUUUUGAUCAGAGUGUUGCCUUGCAAUAUGUGUUGGGUGUGGAUGAAUUCAGAAGUGGUGUCUAUAAAGCCUAUUACAGCGGAAAGGAAGCCUCUGCUGCCAAGAAGGAAUGGAAAGAAGGUGCCAUGAUUCAGCACUUAUCUCGUUUUGAAGGAUUUUUGGAGAAGGCUGUGGACAGUGAUCACUUGUAUUUGGUUGGAGGCAAGUUGAGUUGGGCCGAUAUUGUGUUAUAUGAUGCUCUUGUUGAACAAGCAUUCAUGUUGGAGGAAGAUAAUUUGUGGAGCAAGUAUCCUCGUUUGUUGAAAGCCAAACAGAAUGUUGAAACCUUGCCAAAUAUUGCGAAGUAUUUGGAGAGUGGAAAGCAACCUGCUUUGUACAUUGAAAAAUGGAGAAAGUAA